CGAACCAAUAAGUGAGUUAGGAGGGCCGAGGAUGAUCGCUAUCCAACAAGCUCGAAUGAUUGAAUUGCUCUCGAAACUUGUAUAGCCGCCACAGCACGUGCUCUGCACCAGCACAAGACAAGCCAGGAUCUCAAAAUUCGUAGCGCCCACCCCGCUUUCCAUCGGUAUAAGCAGCACAGCAGACGCAUUCGAAACACGGAAGGGGAACAUCAAAUGUUCCAAACCACCAUCAUACAUCGCAUCCAAGCCGGACUUUGCCACUGAAGCCUUGAUUCGGAUAGUGGAGCUGCGGCGCUUUCCAAGCAGAAUAGAUCCAAUCGCCAGAAGGCAUUCAAGCAGCAAUGAGCGCCAGCGGCGACAUCCCAGCGACGAUUGCGGCAGUGCCGAAUCACCGCAACUUCACAACCCGAGGACCAUCUAGGACCCUGUGUAUUCUUCUCGAUGGCACUGGUGACCAGUUCGAUUGCGACAAUUCCAAUGUGGUCAAGCUUUUUGGGGCCUUGAAGAAGGACAGCUCUCAGAAGCUGUACUAUCAGCCAGGCAUCGGCACCUACAGCGGCUCGGGGAAGCUUCAGUCAGGAAUCAGCUCUGCUUCCGACAUGGCUGUUGGCUCUGGUCUUGGCACCCACAUCAAGGAGGCGUACUCAUUUCUGAUGAGCAAUUACACUGAAGGAGACAAGAUCUGUAUCUUUGGAUUUAGUCGCGGAGCGUACACUGCGAGGGCAUUGACCGGCAUGCUGCUCAAGAUUGGGCUGCUUCCCGCCAACAAUUCCUCUCAAGUUGCAUUCGCAUACAAGCAGUUCAAGGAUGACACACCCACAGGAUGGGAGCAGUCCGCGUUGUUCAAGACCACGUUCUGCAUCGACGUGAAGGUGCACUUCCUGGGAUGCUGGGAUACUGUCGCAUCGGUCGGCUUCAUUCCUCGCCAGUUGCCCUUCGCAAAGAACAACACCAGCUGCGUUCGUUAUUUCCGUCAUGCGAUGGCCCUCGACGAGCGCCGUGCUAAGUUCAAGGUCUCGCAUUGGGAGCAGAGAGCCCAUGAUGCGACGCCGAAGCAGAGCAGCCAGAAGGUCACUCUAGACGAGACUCCUUCCCUGACUCCUGGUGCGAUGAACGAUCCUCGCAUUGCAGAAAAGCGAGCCGCUAUUGCUCAAGAGCUAGCUAUGAAGCGCAACAGCUCCAUCAGCGCUGCUCGUCGCUUGAGCAGCAUCCAAUUUACGGAGGAGCCUGCCUCGAUCGAGCCAGCGGAGGGCACAAAAACUCCCACGAGUAACGGAUCGGGCGAGUCUGGCAGCGAAAAAAAGACUCCCGGAUCACCUUCGCGUCGCAAGAGCUUGCCUCUGGCCUUCCGUCGCAACUCUCAAGGACCACAAGGGGAUGUCGAAGAGAGACCGAAAUUGACGAAGGCGCAGACUCAAGAGGCACUGGCCCAGCGGUUCACCAAGCUUGACCAGCGCGAAUUUGGCGGAGAGCGCUUCAAGACAGAUGCGCUUGAGGUAUGGUUUGCCGGCGCCCAUGCUGACGUUGGAGGUGGUGCCGUUGGCAACGACACUCGACACGCUCUUUCUAAUAUCCCUCUGCGCUGGAUGAUCCGCCAAACUUUCGCAUGCGACACCGGCAUUCUGUACAAUGCGGACGUCCUGGCUGACUACGGCAUGGAUGUGCAUACUUUGUAUCCAACUUUGGUUGAGCGUCCCCGUCCUUUCUGCGGGCCCCCUCCUUCAGCGAUCGAUCGAUAUGCCUCCGGCACGCUCCCUUCCCUGGCCGAGCGUCGUAAAUCGAUCCGCAAAUCGCGUGCGGACGCCCUCGCUCGUUUGGAGAACAAUGAUGGCAUCGCGACCUUCAAUGACGGUGUGGGAGAAUUUGCGCCACCAGUGCCCAGUCACCAACAGCUAGACACUCCGCGCGUUGGAAAGGACCGCUUCCACUUGCGUAGCAAUUCCUACGCCGGCCUUACCGGCCGAGAGGAAGAUGCGCAGCUACCUGAAGCUUGGGAAGACUACUUCGACGCGCUGGCACCAAUCAAUGACCAGCUCAAAGACGCCAAGGGCUGGUGGAUUCUUGAAGUCUACCCUACGAAGCACCGCGAGCAACAGCACGAUGGCAAGUGGAAGAAAGUGGUUGGCAUGAACCUUGGUCGCUACCGCACGAUUCGCGAUGAUGUACCAAAGGUGCACUACUCUGUUCUGCAGCGCAAGCAAGCCCAAGGCUACGAGAUUCGCAACGUCAUAGGCGAAAAUAGCGUCAUUGAAUACGUCAUGUAAAUUCCGACCCCAGCUUUGGUCUUGUGGGCACAUGCCUGCCUCGCCACCUUGAUACGAGCCACAGCAAGCUUCACUCUCUUUCUGACUCAUGCACCCCAAGCGAUACCUUUCUUCCCGAGCAACGCGCAUGUUCCCGCUCCCCAACGCUUGAACUUGCAUCCAAGUGCUCGUCGCCAUUGCCCGAGUUUGACAAGCACGUUCGGUUUUGAUCAUUUUACAAUCCAAAGAUUCAACGAUGUAGGCCUAGCUACGAGUU